UUUGAUGGUGGUUUGUUGGCCUCAUUGCCAACCAAUUUUGCUGUCUUUGGUUCGCUGUUGAGUUUACUCAGUGAACGUGUUUUACGGUGAACGGUCGUGUGCGCGCUCGUGUCGCUUUUGGCAAAUAAUUUUUCCUGCUUGUUUCGAAGACUUUUGUAUCAGUGUUUAGUUGCUGAUCGCGUCAAAUGUCGUUUUACGGUUUAUCAAUUUUUGGGUGCUUGUGUACUAUUUCGUAUAUAAAGAUAUUUUAUACUUCAGCUUGAAUAGCGAAUGUUUACAAGUUAAUUGUUUAAAUUUAAUGAAAAAUGUUUGAAGCAUAAAAAUUAUCUAACGUAUUAAGAAAUUCAGAAAAUAUUAUAAAUUACAUGAAAGAAAAGUAGCGAAUGUAAUUUAUGUGUUUAAAAAAUCCAAAAUUUCAUAUUUUUUGAUAUUUGGAAAUACCCAAUGCAGUUUUGUUAAUGUCAGCUUAAAAAUUACGGCUAAUUUAAAAAGUAUCCACGUACCAGUUGUUGUCACUUAUACUUAAUUUAAGAGUGUAUUGGAUAAACCUUUGCUGCCGCAACAUUACAACAAGAGUAGAUGACACCUUCAACAAUAUUGAGACAUAAACAGUUGGCUUGCUGAAGGCAAGCAGUAGACGGGGGGCUCCGACUGCAGCUUCCGGCAUCGCUAUUUGUAUUGUAUGCAUCUUACUAUCAUAAGAAGUGAAUUUGUUAAUUAACAAUACUCGCCGAAUUUUUUACGCCAACUAACCGACUGACCGAAGCCGUAACCACAAGUCCAACUAAAUCCAGCGAUUUUGUAUUUGGGCCAGAAAAAUGCAACGAGUGUGAGAGUGGCUUGUGCUUGCCAAAUUGAACACGUCUGUCAAUGCCAAUUGCUUUUGCGUAUUUUUUUUCUUGUUCUACGCAUUAUGGCCGCGCACCUUAAAUCUGCCAAACCACAAUAGCAAGUUACACGUUUGAAUGUGGACUCAAGUGAAGACACGCACUUAUUAUACAAACUCAGUUAAAACCUUGCACUCACACUCAUACACAAUUUCAAUUGAAGUUAACCACUAGCCUGUCGCUUUCUUUUGGCUUCCAUCGGUCUGCAGCUAACACUGAGCAAGCGACUAACUUUGAGCAGUGCGCAUUUUAGAGCGUAUGGACAAAACUCAGGUAGAAAUAUUUGCGCAUAAGGGGAAUACUUCUAUGGACGAAAAUGGAUUACACUAAACGUUUUUUAUGGCUUUCCGGCAUUUUAUUGGGUCCAAUUCUACUUGCAGCCUUGACGUUACAAGAUGCCGCCAGUCCAGUAUUUCAAAAUCACAAAACGAAAGAGUGGACGAAUUUAGAUAAUAUCACAUUCUCUUUUGAUUGCACGCAUCGACCGGUUGGCUUCUACGCCGACAUGGAGUACAAUUGUCAGAUCUUCCACAUGUGCGAUGAAGAGGGUAAUCGCAUACCGCAUUUAUGCGCCAACGAGACUUCUUUCAAUCAGGAGUAUCGCAUCUGUGAUUGGGAUUACAAUUUUAAUUGUACAGAGUCACCGAAAUGGUUUUAUCUGAACGAGCUGACGUAUGCCACAGAACCACCUGACGAGGAUGAAGAUUAUUGAAACGCAACCUAUCCACUUCGAAGCGCCCUAAACAUCUGCGCGUCUCAAGUUCACGCUAAGUGACCUUACUGACAAGUAAUUAGUUAAG